UCAAAGAGAACACAGUGACUGGUUGUGCACUGAGUGGCUGGGUUUGUUUUGUUGGUCGGUAGUUCUACAAGACGGCUACUAAAAAGUAGCAGUACGUGUAAUAGUUGUGCUACCUGGCUACUGACUCAGCACCCAUCAUUGACAUCGCCGGAAGGAUCAAUUCCCUGUAUUGUGUGCGUCUAAUCAUCUCAAGUAUUCCACCUAAUCUUCGAACAUUGCUUCCAAAGGUUCAGUAUUUUCAGCGAAGCAUUUUGAGAAUACAUGUAGAGUACGAACGAGUUUGUUUCGGAGCUGCCUAGUCAACUCUAUCUCUAACAUGUGCGUGCCUCUCAUCUCUGACAUCUCGGUGCCGGUGCAAUGAAGAGGAGUAUUCUCAGAGUUUCGGUGCUGAUUUUGUUGAACUAUCUCGUUGUGACAUUUGGACAAACGUCUACCGGUGGUAGCAGUAGCAGCAGCAGCAGUAGCAGUACUGCCAGUAGUGGUGCUGCCACGACAACGCCUGGAGCAGUCACAUCUCCCAUCGUGCCGCUGUGUCCGGACAAUGUUGCCUGUAACCUGCUGGGUGCUGCAUGCAUUGACUGUAGCAACUUCACAGACUCGUGUCGAUAUGGACAGUCGAUGUUAGUCAACUGCACCAGCAGUGGGAGUACAUGCUUGGGUGAGCAAUCAUUCACGCGGAAUGUCUCGUGCCGCUUCUGCUACCAGCUGGAUGCCAGUGACUACACGUGUACAAACUCAACCAGCUGCACUGUCGCAUCGACGCCUCGACCGACUUUCCGGUCCACAUGCACCGUCAAACCCAAUGUGGUGUGUCUUGGAUCUAGAACCUUCUUCAUGACCAGAACAUGCAACUGGACGUCGGGCCUUCGCUGGUCGACGGCCCUCGUCCUAAGCAUAACACUUGGAGGUUUCGGCGUUGACCGAUUUUACCUGGGUGACUGGAGGCACGGCCUGGCCAAGCUCUUCACGUUCGGAGGCUUGGGUGUGUGGACGCUCGUCGACAUUCUCCUGGUCGCUAUCGGUUACCUUUCGCCAUCAGAUGGCUCCUUAUACGUCAUGUAACACAAUCACAUUCAUUCCAAAACUCAUAGAUACUGUACUACAGAAAAUAGAAGUGCAUCAUUGUAUGAUGUUUCACCAGUAUACGAUAGAAAAAUACGUUCAUGUCUUUGAAAUUUACCAAAAAAGUUUUGUUUUUACAUAAAAUUAGUUCAAGUGUUACGCUGUUUUUUUUAUAAUGCUGUACAUAAAGCUGAAAUUCUGUUAUGUCAAGCUGCUGAGGAUAACUGUUUUACUGUGUUUUCAAUGAUAAUGAUAAAUGACCAAACUCA